UUCAGAUCCACUGUCCACGCGUGUUAAAGAUUUGUUGGUAAAGUCUUUGCUAAAGUCAGACAUUGUGAACGUAUAAUACGUAUUUUUCAUCAUCAUGGGAGGACAGGCAAAGGGAAAAAAGAAAAACAAACCAAAGAGGAAACAGAACCACCCAAACAAUGAUGCUGAAUUUGUGAUGCUGUCACCCCAGGAAAGGAUGAAACUAAGAAUGCACGAAAAAGCCAAGAAGAAAACAGCUGAGAAGUACUCUGUGCAUCAACUACUAGAGAAGACAGAGGAAUGCAUGGAUGGUUUUGACUUUGAGAUGGCUGCCCUUUACUGUCAACGAGCCCUGGACCUGGAGUCCACCAACCUGAAAGGUCUAGACAUGCUGGGACACAUCAGCUCUGAACUUGGAGACACACAUAAGGCUAAGGGAGUUUUUCUGCGUGCAGUGGAGCUGAGCCCAGAUGUAGGCCACAGUAAGUACAUGUACCUGGGACAGAUCCACACAGGCCAGGAGGCUGUUGACUACUACACUAGAGGAAUACAAGUCCUACUCUCUACAUUGGACAAACAAGCACAGACCACUCAGCCUCAGGCCGGAGCUGCUGCCCCACUAGAUGAGGACUCUGAACUCCCAACAGUGAAGGAUGUUAGUGUGGCCUACUGCUCCAUCACUGAGAUUUACCUAACAGACCUCUGCAUGGAGGAAGGAGCUGCAGACAAGUGCAAAGAGUUCAUUGAUAGUGCAUUACAGUAUAACCCUGACAACCCAGAGGCUCUACAGCUUAUGGCCAGUUACCUGUUCAGUGUAGAAAGAAACCAGGAAGGCAAAGUAUACCUGUUGAAGAGUGUUGGAUUGUGGCUACCUGCCCUAAAACAGAGUGCAGCUUCUUCCAGCACAGAAGAAGACAUGCAGAAUGAGAUCCCUCCGUACGAGUCUCGCAUCACCACCGCCAAACUGCUCAUCGAGGCCGAGGAAUACGAGAUGGCAGUGGAUGUGGUGGAGAGUCUUCUAGAGGAGGACGAUGAGGUCGUUCAGGUGUGGUAUCUCUCUGGCUGGGUGUGCUACCUCCAGUUGGAAAAAGCAAAGGAGCAGCAAGUAAGGGAGGGAAGAGAAGUGACUGAGGAGGAGAAGGAGGAGUGGAAGGCACUGAUGGAGGCGGCCAGAUUGCACCUGACUAAUGCUAAAAAGCUGUACAGUAAGAUGCGAUGUGAUGACCAGCCAAUUUUGGAGCAUGUGGAGCAGCUGCUAGGUGAGCUGGGAGGAGAGAUGGAGGGAGAAGAGGGCGACCCAGAUGUGGAUGAAGACUAUGAACCUUGUAGUGAUGAGGAGGAAGACAUUGCAGAGGCACCCAUGGAACACUGACCUCACCCCCUUACUUGUACUCUGAUUUCAUUUUUCCUCAUCAUGGUCCACCUGGUUUAAAUGUUCUGAUGUGCUCUCUAAAGUGCCUUUUUUUUUUUUUACUGGUUAUCCUUCACAUCCACUUAUCAAAGAUACAAUUUGAAUUCAAGUGAGUUCCACAAAAAGAGUGGCAUUAAAAGCUGCAGUCUACUCAA